AUGACUGCGAAAGAAACUCAGGAUGAAGUAGAUUGGGAAACAACUCAUAAGUGUAUUCACAAAUUAUUGUGCGGUGUUCAUUCAACUGAAGAGAUUAAACAUUCCAUUGAAAAUCUAUUCAACAAGUUUUUACUUUCGAAAUCUGAUAAUUCAAUUUAUGGAUUCUUCCAAAGAGAGUAUUUUACUUUUAUGGAAUUACAUCCAUAUAGACGAUAUUGCAUUAUACAAUUUAUUCUUUUAUUAGAUCUAAAUUACAUUUCCGAACGUCUUUUAGUCAUUUUGUCCAAUAAUGAUCUGGAUCAUGUCAAUUGGUCUCAUAUUCUUCAAUUGAUAUCUGUUAUGAUCACAUGUAUUAAAGGAGGUGUGUCCACUGUUAAAUUUAUAAUUCAUCAACUUCUAUUGUCAUUAUUCAAUUCAAAUAUGAAUUAUAUCAACAAUGAUAAUGUUGAUUUAGAUUGUUUACAUUUAUUAGAUGAUGUAUUUAUUCAUAAAAGUCAAUUGAAUGUUUUCAAAUCAAAUAAACAUGAUAAACAAUUAUUGAUAGGAGUUUUAUUAAUUGCACGUCAAUUAUGCUCAGAAGAUAAUCGAUUGACUGGGAUAAAUUAUAAACAAUGGUGGAUGGAAACAUUUUGUAAUCCAUUACUAUCAACACAUAAUAAUAAUAAUAAUGCACAGAAUGUACUUUCAUCACGUUGUGCUAUAGUUUAUUUUUGUGAUUUACUCAUUGAGCUAUUACCUUGGGAAACCGAUCCAAAAUUUCUACAAAUUCAAGUCAACACUCGACCUAAUUGGUUUAAUCCUGUAAAAAGAUCAAUGAAUAAUAAUCGAAUCAAAAUUCAUACUGAUAAAAUUCGUGUAAAACCGACUGAAGUAAUUGUGUCAUUCAAUGAAGAUGAGUUAAUAAUCCCGAUUGAUUUGGAAUGUACAAAUAUGAUAACUGAUAGUAAUAAUCAUAAUCAUAAUACCUACAUAGAAUCUUGUAUAAAUCGAUGGAAUGAUUAUUGUGAAAUUGCACAAGGACGGUUAGCUGAAUUAAGGGAACACUGUUGUGCAACAAAAAUGGUCAUAACGGAUAAAAAAAUCUCUGAUUGUUCAAUGCUUAUACUACUCCAGGAUGGAGUGAUUGGUGAUAUUUCUAAAUGUCGAUUACCGUCCGAAUGGAAUGAAGUAAAUCUGUUUCGUCCACGUUGGCUUCGAUCUACACUGAUUCCAGCUUUAUUAAAUGCACCUGAAAUAGAACAUUUAUCAGCCGAGUUAAAAUUUGCACGUGAACAAUUAUUACAGGGGAUACGGUCAGCUGGUUUAUCACAUUUAUUGAAUCAUACAGAAGAAAAAACCUCCACCACAAAGACGACUACAAAAGCAACAACAACAACAAAGAGGAAGAAGAAACGACCAACGUGUACUACAUAA